AUGUUGGACGAUGUCUACACAUCAAUGAACGGCACCAGCAGACGACUCACAAACGCACGUAUCUCCGAAUGUUUGACAGCAGUACCCAAGCUGGAUACUGUCUUUAAAUAUCGGUCCGUUCGCUCGCUGACUUCUGAGACAUUGCAGCAAGCAACGUUAUCGGUUCGAGCACCGAUCCUAUAUGACGGUUCAAGUGAAAGUGAUCGAGAAAAUAACGACGUCUUUGCACGGGAUCUUGUCAAAACGCACCUAAUGAUUGCCGUACGAGAAGAACUUGAUACGCUACGCGCGAGAAUUAUUGAAUUCGAAGCUCAUGUUUUCCUUAAUACUGCUGCAGUUGUCACACUUUUACCAAUUUUAUCAUCUACCGAUUUGGCUGACUUUAAUGAAGCGCUCAAUCUCACAUAA